AAAUUUAUUUUUGAAAAAAAAGAACAAAAUCAGAACAGAAAAAGACAGACAAAUAAAGAAAAUAAGGAAGGGAAAGGAAAAGGAAGAACCAAGUGGAUCAGAAACGUUUUCUCCUUUUAUGCUUGCGUUUCGAUUAUAUUUAAUUUCUUCUCCGGCUUAUUUUCAUGGCGGAUCUGUACGGCGACGCGCCAUAUUCGAAUCCGGAUCCCGAAGAAAUAUCCACUUUCCUUAACCAACUCCUCCACAAUCCUUCUACUUCGUCAUCUUCAUCUUCCCGCGUGCAAUUCAAGGGCAAAAACAUUCACCGUGUUCCGUCUCAAGUGCCAGGAAUUCCGACGCUGGCAUCUACCUCGGGUGUUGGGAUGCCGAUUCCGGUUGUGGAUCGUUACCGGCUCGGAGGAUUGGCUAUUGGAGCCGAAUCAGAGCCUCGAGUUAAUUUCUCUAAUCCUGAAAAAUAUUUUGGAACCAACGUUAAAGAUAACGCCGACAAUGCGUUAUCUUCUGCCGGCGAUUUCAGUUAUGACAGCGAGAAGGUUCCGGAUGCAUCGGAGGUUCCAUCAAAUCAAGAACGGCCACGGAGUUCAUCGAAGAGAAGCAGAGCAGCCGAAGUACAUAAUUUGUCAGAAAAGAGGAGGAGGAGUCGGAUUAAUGAGAAAAUGAAAGCUCUACAGAAUCUAAUCCCAAACUCUAACAAGACGGAUAAGGCUUCGAUGCUUGACGAGGCGAUCGAGUAUUUAAAACAGCUUCAGCUUCAAGUGCAGAUGUUGUCAAUGAGAAAUGGAUUGAGUUUGUACCCUAUGCCCUUACCCGCAGCACCACAGCCAAUGCAAAUGCUUCCCACAGGCAUGGGCUACGAUGAGGGACAUGGAUUCUUUAAUCCCAACAUAGGAGCAGGCACAUUUUCUUCAAAUGAAGAAAGCACGAUGAAUACAGCUUUUAAUCUAUCUGGUCCAUCCACCGUCUCACAUCUGCCUGUUGUUCAACCUUCUGCGGCUAAUAUGUGUAAUUUGGAAGCUUCAAUUGGCUUUGAAUCCUCUGCUGGGGCACGCUAUGGUUCCUUCGCCCACUCAUCAUCUUCCAAGGAAAUAUGCAAGGGAGGCAGGUCACAGCUGGAAUUAGAGAUGAAUCAUGCUGGGAAUAGCUCUUCAUCAGGUGUAUCUUAGCCGAGCAGAAGCAGAGUGUAUAAUAAAACUGAGACCAAACUCUUCCUCUGGUUAAGACACAAUAGAAACUAUAUAAGUUAUAUUGAAACUGAUAACAUUGCAUACUUGUUCAGGUUAUUUUAUGUUAUAAAUUGUAACAGGUUGGCUGUAGGGGAUUGAUACCUCAUUCCCCAUUUUGCAUAAAGUGGUGACUUUA